GAAAAAUUUAAACAAUAAAGAUAGCAUAUUAUUAUACAUGUUGCAUCUUGCCAUUCAUCAUAAAUUAGAUUUUUUUCAUUGCAUUCCUCUAAGUAGUACAAGGGAUCGUUCUCAAAUAAGGAAGAAGUGUGAAUAGCUUACAUAAAUAAAAAUCAAAUUCAUAACCUAUAAAUUAGGGAGUUGUGUUUGGAGCUGUGGGGGUCAAAAUAAAAGCUCACACUUAUCUUCGAUCAAAAUCCCCCAAGUUUCAGUUCAGAAUAGUAUCUUCGCUCCGUCCAUUUAUAAGACUUUUUCCGCAGCUCCCGUAUUUGCCGAUUUGCUGGACACCUUUAAAAAAGCCACCGUCCUUAAUUCCGAAUCUUUACUUAGUAAUAAAGCUGGUUUCGAUUGUAGUAAUAUUAUAUCGACCAAUAACGAUUACAAUAGGCAUAACGUAGAUUCCAAUCUUUCUACUCCCUCGCUAUCAACCCGAAACCUUUGCGGUAAACCUUAUUUCGAGCCAUCGAUGCCUGAACAGAGUAACGACUAUAAAGUCGUGGUUUUUGGAGCCGCAGGGGUAGGUAAAUCCUCUCUCGUGGUACGAUUUGUCAAAGGAACCUUUAGAGAAUCCUACGUUCCAACCGUGGAAGAUAUAUAUAGACAAGUUAUAUACUGCAACAAGCAUAUAUGCACAUUACAAAUCACUGACACAACGGGAAGUCACCAAUUUCCGGCCAUGCAGAGGCUUAACAUCUCCAAAGGGCACGCGUUUAUUCUGGUAUACAGCGUUACUAGGAUUCAAUCCCUGGAGGAUUUAAAACCCAUUUAUGAAAUGAUAAAUGAAAUAAAAGGAAAUGAGAUGGAAAACGUGCCUAUCAUGCUAGUGGGAAAUAAAGUAGAUGAGGCUCCCGAUAAUAGACAUGUUAGCACGGAUUGCGGUACGAGGCAGGCUAAAAUCUGGUCAUGCGCCUUUAUGGAAACCAGUGCUAAAACCAAUUUCAACAUCAAGGAAGUUUUUGAAGAGCUAUUGAAGAUGGAAAAACGGAGGCAUGUUUCUCUCCAUGCCACCUCUUCCUCAACUUCAUCGACUUCCGUUAAAAAAACUAAGACUCAAAAAAGGCGGGAUAAACUCAAAGGAAAAUGCUUGUUAAUGUGAUAACUAAAUUAUAUUUAUUUUUUCAAAAUUAUAUAUAUAUUUCGGAUAUUCCAAGUUAUCCUGAGUAAGGAAAUGGAAAAGACCUUUGUGGAUUUUAUAUUUUUUCAAAAAAAAUGUAAAUCAUAUGUAA